AUGGACUCCAUCAUUGCUCAGAUCCAAGCCAUCGCCCAAAACACCGAUGAAGGUGGCCGACUGAAGAUCAUUCAGUCUCUCAAACGAGUGCAAAAUGAACUUCAAUCCCCGCAGGAUAUCUUCAUGGAGCUUGCAGUAUCAGGCCUAACGAAUGCCAUGCUCCGAAUCAGUGCGGAUCUAGGACUCCUUCGCUCUCUCGCGAGCAGUGAUACAUCAUUGACUGUCAAAGAGAUUUCAGAUGUGACAGGUGCAUCGUCUCCAUUCCUAGAGAGAAUUCUUCGUCACCUAGCUGCAAUAGACAUGAUCAAGGAGACUACAGUCAAUGAAUAUGGUGCAAACAGGACCACCCAUGUUUUGGCUAGCUCCAAGGGUGAGGCUAUGAUAUACCACGGAUUCGACACACUCGGGCCAGUCAUGCAAGCAAUGCCUGCCUUCUUCGCUGAACAUAAAUAUGAAGAUGUGACGGUCAAUACCAACACACCGUUCCAGAAAGCCCACAAUACCAAACUCACCUCAUUCGAGUGGCUUGUCCAGCAGCCGAAGUACUUUGAAAACCUGCAAAAGAUCAUGACUGCAUUUCAAGGAUCAGAGUGGACCGAGGGACUCGACGCUUUUGACAAUGAAGCCCGCCGGUUUCCUUUCAAGGCUUCAUCCGCUGCCCCGGAGAAACCCUUCCUCGUCGACGUUGGUGGCGGCCAUGGCCAUCAAUGUAUUGAGCUUGGAAAGAAGUAUCCGAACCUCCUAGGUCACCUUGUCUUCCAGGACUUGCCAGAGGCAGUGGAAAGCCUCGCUCCCAUUGAUGGUGUGAGGGCUGAGGCUUAUGACUUUUUCCAAGCACAGCCUAUCAUUGGCGCCAAGUUCUACUACCUCCGCAGAAUCAUGCAUGAUUGGCCCGACGACAAAGCUGCAGAGAUCCUCCGCAAUGUUCGCGCCGCCAUGAGCCCCGACUCGCGGAUCUUGAUUGAUGAUGCCGUGUUGCCGGAUACUGGCGCUAACUGGCAAUCGACCGUGGCGGAUCUUGCUAUGAUGACCUUUGCUGGUAAAGAGCGGACGAAGCAUCAAUGGGAGUCACUUGCAGCAAGCGCGGGCUUGCGCGUGGAACAGAUUCAUACUUAUGUUGCUUCAACCUAUACCGCUGUUCUCGUUUUGGCCGCUCUUUGA